UUCAGUUCUUCCCAAAGAGGAGAAGAAAGCGCUGUGCGCACUGACAUCACACUGAGAGAGGACACCCAGAGUCAGGACCUGUCUGGGGUUAAUAUGAUCCUUCCUCUCCUGCUGCUAACUGUUUAGGAGGCAGAACUUUGCACCAGAUGGAUGUGGGACACAAUGUGUCAAUCACAAUGCUGCUCUAAGAGGUCAUUACUGAGCACCAUGGAGCAUCACACUGCUGAUGUGUGAGGUCCCCAGUGACCUGCCUGGACUCUGUUGACCUUGCAGUCAGUGUGGUUAAAGUCCACUGGCAAACAAGAAUGGAAGAACCAACCUCUGCUCAUAGGACUUCUGAGUAUCCAAGGAAAAGCUACCCCAAGGGACAUCACUAGGAUUUCCAGAGGAAUAGAUGAAGUCUCUUUGGAAAGACUUGCUCUUUCUGGGAGACAAAGCGAGAAGAACAGCUCUGGAUAAGAAAGCAAUCACCCUGUCUGAUUUAUGGUCUUCAGCUUUGGAGAGGCAGAGGGGUGUUUCUUCAGGCAAGAAGCCAUGGUCGUGAACAUCUCCAAUCAAACCUCCCACCAUGUACCUCCUGAUGACACUCACUAUAACUAUCUGGCUUUGGUCUUUGGACUCCUUCUCGUUGUCAUUAUUAUCUGUGGAAAUGUGUUGGUGUGUCUAAGUGUCUGCACAGAGAAAGCUCUAAAAACCACCACUAAUUAUUUCAUAGUCAGCCUGGCUGUGGCUGACCUGCUCCUGGCUGUGUUGGUUCUACCCCUUUAUGUGUACACAGAGGUAAGUGAGUAACCCACCCACCCACUACACUUGCCUGUAGCUGUGUUACUGUACAUUGCAGGGCUGAACUGAUAACAUUGCUCUACCAUAAGAUGUAACUUUUGUGAGCACACAUUGGAAAAACAGUAUGGGUGUGGAGAGAGAGAGGGAGAAUAUUAUAAGAAGGAAUACAUACAUUCCAUGUGUUUGUUUUUUAUCUGUUUACCAUGUUGUAGGUUUUAUCUGUGAAAUGAUGGAAAAAAACAUUGUUUUAGCCUGAAGGAAGUAGCAAUAUCUGUUGCAUUAGAUGUGACAACUUCUAAUUUAAGAAGAUAAAUACCAGUUUACAGCUUGCUAGUAAAUGUGAUAACAUCUUCUCUAAUGUGUAUUUUUUAACAAUAAAUGUAAACACUAAGACUAUCUCUGUGUGUCUUUUGUCUAUUUUGCAAAUUUAUAUCUUUCUCUUUUCCUUCUUUCCUUCCCUCAUUUCCUUACUUCCCAUCUCUUGCCUGCCCCCUCCCUCCCUUCCCCCACACACACACUUUCUCUUUCUUUUUGUUUUUUCUUACUGAGUUUUUUUAUUUUUAGGAAACCUCUAUCAGUCCAUAUUCAAGGGUUGGGCAGGCGAAUCUUAAAUUAAUAUUACAUUUUUUAAAAGCUUAAGAUUCAUAAGGCGAGAUCAUUAAAGGCUGUGUUGUUGAAAUGGCUUUAGUAGGAUUGCAGAGACCCUGGUUUACUUGUCUGAGCUAUUAAAUAAACCGAGGGUGUCAUAAAUCUAAAGACAGCAAAAAUGUGUUAUAUGGGGUCAGUAUUGGCUUUGAUGUAACCAUGCAGUAUAUAUUGUAAAACGUUUCUCCAAUUAAAGAGGGCACACCGUCACCCUGAUCCCAAGCCCUGUCAUACUCUGCUAUGCUUAUUCUAACAUUUCUCAUGUUUUUUUUAGUUUCUAGGGGGUAUGUGGACUCUAAGCCUUGUCCUUUGCGAUGCCCUAAUGACUAUGGACGUCAUGCUUUGUACUGCCUCCAUCUUUAACCUCUGUGCAAUCAGCGUGGACAGGUAAGUGAAUGCUGUUUUUGGGUACCAGGUUCAACUUCCUAACGUUGGCCAAUCGCAGACCUAUAGCAUCACAACCGUGAUAGUAGACACAAUUAUAGUAAUAAUUAUGGUAUAAAUGUAGUGAAUGGCUGUCCUCAUUAAGCCACGACUUAUGAUCUUCUUUGAUGUGAGUAUUUGUAUUCUUAAAGCUAUGGUGCCCCUGCCCAGACCCCCAUUUUCUCAAAAAAUUAUAAAAUAAAGACUUUACUUACCUUUUACCAGCACCAAGGCUCCCAAGGUGCAGCUCGCCUCUCAGCCUCCUGCGACAUCAUUAAAGAGGUUAUGGUCGAUUUCAAUGCUUCUCUUAGAGAAGCAUUGAUGAUCUGAUGCACAAACACAAAGAGCAUUGCACACUUAUAUAAGCUACUCCAUAGAAAUUAUAUUCCGUGCUUUUAUAUGGGCUUUCACAUUACAUGACCGAGUGUUACUUGUCAGAACAGUGGAUGUGCCUCUACUGGCUGUCAGGAAGACAGCCAAUACAGGUAGAUUUAAGCCUGCAAUGAAAACAUUGCAGUAUUAACAAAAACUUAAAGGACAGGGCCACUGCAACCAGACCACUUCAUUGAGAUGAAAUGGUUUGGGUGACUGUCCCUUUAAGGCCUCAGGAAAACACCUCUCUGUAAUGACCACAGAGAUGUAUCCACACCAUAUCCCAUCAGUAUGAAGAAUAAUCCAGAGUUUGCUGGAUCAUAUGUUAAAUGUCCAUAUGGUGUGAUUUGUAUUCUGUGCAAUUUGUGUAAAGUCAUCGGUUAUUGUCAUUGCACAUUCUUUUACCUUGUAAAUAUCUUAUAAUAAGCUGCAGAAUAUAUUGGAACUUUAUGGAAACUAUUAAUAACAUGAGAUUGUAAGAAGCAGUGUCUGAUAAUGCGGGGCGAAUUGCAAAAUACACAGGAAAGAUAGGUCAUUUUUUUGUUCUGCUAUUUUCUAUUCAGAUCAAAACUUUAAAAAAAAAAAAAAUUUCCAGACUAAAUGCUCAACUUCAUGUCCUAGAAUAUCUCUUUUUAUUGUAAAACCUGUGUGAAUAAGAAAGUUUCAAUCACACGUCUUCUCACUCUUGUCCUCCGUAUGUCAAGGUCAUGUGAUCUUUCCUGUGCCUUUAAUCUCUUUUUUUUAUCUCUUUGUGACUGGUGAAAGGAUUUACUGGGGAAAAAAAUGAACAAUUCAGUUGAUGUCUUUAAGCUACUUUCUUUAGUCAGAAGAAUACAUACUAGAAUAAUUCAUAUAAAAUUAGAUUAGAUUGGCUUCUAAAUCCUCAGAGACAUGGGCAGAAGAGCCUUUUUUCUCUUAAAAUGACACCUCUUGUAAAUUACCUAAGCCUUUCUUGUGUUGUUCUGUGAUCCACAAUUGUAUGGUAGUGAGGAACUGGUAGUGAUUUUUUUUUGUACAAGUCAAACCAUCGUAAGGGCAGAGCACUCUAGCUGAAGCUAAGUGACGUGGUCAUUAUCCAAAGACAAAGCCCCUAACAAAGAUCAGAUGAUGAGAGAUUAGAAGAAGUCCCCAAAAUGAGCACAACCUCCUGGGCUGAGAAUCCCAGUGCCUGCACUCUGACUCACAUAACAGUGAGGAACCACAGACUACCAAGGAGUCAUUUUUCAAGGGCUGUGCCGGGAGAUCUUUUGAUCUACCUACUGGCUCGAGGGGGCCCGAUCAAUACCGGAGACCCAUCCUGUUUUUAUGUGGCACCCCCUUCAGGUGGUGCCUAGGGCAUAUGCCAUGCCUGCAAUACCCUAGAAAAAUACUCCCAAUUAAAUCUUUUUAAGAUAAAUAUUUCCUUUGUAAAAAUAAAUAUUCUUCUAUUCCUUUUCAUGAUGUCAGUCAUUAAGAGCCUAAUAUAUGGUUUUACACCUGGUGUUGUUGACCAAGCUUUUGAAAGCAAUUUCUAGCGUGGAUAAUUAAUGUAAGUCAUUAGCUCUUAAACGUUAAUUAGAUGCUCAUUUGUGACUCUGGAGCAGUCUUAAAGGAUGUUCAUCAUAAUUACUCUCUUAAUGACCUACAAUACAGAACCUUCACAGACCUCAGUGAGUUAAUCCACUAAACAAGGAAUUGGGAAAGUUAACAAGUUAAAUUUACUCAUUAUUAAAAUUAACUCAUCUGUUUUCCUAAAAUGUGGAAUUCCAUUGUCAAUUCUCCACAGUUCUCUGGUUAGAAAAUAUACUCCUGAGAACGCCAAAUUCUCAGUUCAUUCUUGCUAUCCCCAGUUCUUACUUUAUAGAUGCACAGAAAACAAAAGAUGUGUCUAUACUCUUGAAACUUUUUGUUAAUCUUAUGACAUUCUAAUGUACUCAAUGGAAUGUACAGGUGAGAAUUGUUGGGAAUUUAAUGUGAAUUAAUUUUGGGAAAAAAUUCUGUAAUUCAGCUAUACUUUCAAUUGAGCUAUUUUGGUCUGAAAAUUUUUAUUUACUUUGGAAUGUCUUUAAAUUCCCAACGAUUUUCACUUUAGUAAAUAACUCUGAUAAUUUUUUUUAAAACUCAUUUAUUGUUUUUAAUCAGACCUACCAUGUGUUGUCUCCCACGAGUGUCCAAUGUGCAUUAGGGGAAAGUUGGUUAAAUGAAACAUUUUGACACUGGGAUAAUAAAUAAGAAACUAACGGAUUGUCUUAGCUGGCAUUUGAAUAAAUGCCACUGGUAAGACAUUAAAACUUGUCCAGGUUUUAAAUUUCCUUAUCCUUCUGGCAACCAACUCAGGGGCCAAAUAUCAAAGUACCAUAUUAUAGUAGUAUUAUGAUUAUAAUUUUUAUAUUAUAUAUGAAGCACAAACAUAUUCUAUAGGUUUUGAUUGUGAGUUUAUAGGUCCAUUUUAACAAUGAGAUGGGUCAUUGUCGUUACAGGGUAUUAUCUUUAUUGAGUGAUCUCUCAUCUGAUAUUACCUCUGACAUCAGAAAUGACAUUUGACCCCAACUAUACCAACUAUAUAAGGCAAUUUAUACUAAAGAACCAAGGAUCUUUGAGCAUAGUGCGUCAUUAUAGAAAUAUUAAUCUGAUCUCAAUCAUUAAAUUGUUCUUACAUUUAAUGUAAAUAUAUUACAAUAUGAUAAAAUAAGACUUUUAGAGACUUUUUUUCAUACAUUUUCAGUCUAUUUGGAGUUAAUAUAUCAUUACUGCUAUUGCUGUUACAGCUUACACAUAUAUUCUGCAGAGUUUUAAAAAUUUCCUAUAAAUGUUAAUGGAGAUAGAAGUAAAUACAAUAUGUAUGAUGCUUUUCUUUUGGAUUUUUAACAGCUUUUAUAUCCAAUAUUUUUGCUGUGACAGAUAUUAUUGAGUAAAUGUUCUUGUGUGCUGCAUUCUGAGAACAGCGUUCUACUGCUUCUCUAUGCUGUAUGUUGCAUUUUCGAUAGAGGAACUCAUUAGGUUCUACGUACUGUGGCUGGCCAUAUGUUGUUGAAGAGCUUUACAUCUACUUUAUCCCAUUCUUAUCCCAAUAAUGACCUUGUUUGGUAGGAUUUGUUCUUGAGCAAUUUGACCAUGUAUACAUUGUCUGAUAAUCUUGUGCUGGCAGCUGCUUUGGAUUUUCCAUGAAUUAGACGCAAGUAUCAUGUUAAUAAAACUGUUUGUCCUCCGCAUUAUCUAUGGUUAUGAAUUUUUAACGUCAUCCAGUACUAUACAAUUAUUUACUCUGGGUUAAUUUAGGUAGGAGUCGAUUGACUUCCUGCACCAAACCGUGAUACUUGACAAACUCACUUAACUAUCUAAGAGUAUAAAUGUGUUUCCAAUCUUCCAGAACAAUUCCAGGCAAGUUCCGCAAGUGAAAGAAACUAUAGGGUCAGGAAUACGAACAUGUAUUCCAAUCCUGACCCUAUAGUGUUAAACUUACCAUUUAGAUGGCUUGCCGCCUCUUGCCCUCCUUAAAAGGUAAGAAAGCCUACCUAAUUUCACCAAUCCGACUCCUUGUCUGACAUCAUCAGAAUUUAUGAGCUCAGCCAAUCCAAUGCCUUCCCAUAGGAAAAGCAUUAAACUGGCUGAGAUUGUCAAGGAGGCGGGGCAGGGGGGAAACACUGGCUUGGACAAUUAGCAUUUCCUCAUAGAGAUCCAUUGAAUAUAUGUAUCUCUGUAAGGAAAGUUCAGCAUCUCCAUGCAGAGUGUGGAGACACUGAAUGUCACGUGCAGCACUGCCCCAGGAAGCACCUCUAGUGCCAAUCUGAGGAGUGCAUACUGAAGGUGUCCUUAGGGAGCAAUGCAAAUACUACCUUUUCUCUGAAAAGACAGUGUUUGCUUUUAAAAAAAAAAAAACCUGCAAGGACAUACUAUUCUCAUCAGAACAAAUUCAAUAAGCUCUAGUUGUUCUGGUGACUAUAGUGGCCCUUUAAUAUAUUUUUUUUUAAAUGGUUGUGUCUUUGCUAGAAAGCUCUUAAACUCUCCUGUUCUCUAUCAUAAAAGGGACACUAUCGUCAUCAAAACAACUUUAGCUUAAUGAAGCAAUUUUUGUAUAUAGAUCAUGCCUCUGAAGUUUCACUGCUCAAUUUUCUGUCAUUUAGGAGUUAAAUCACUUUUGUUUCUGUCAAUGCAGCCCUAGCCACACCUCUCCUGGCUGUGACUCACACAGCCUGCAUGAGAAAAUAAAAUAGUUUCAUUUUCAGCCAGAUGUAACUUCCUUUAAUAGUUAAUAGCUUGCUAGAACCUUCAGAACCUCCUGUAUGUAAUUAAAGUUCAAUUUACAGAGCAGGAGAUACUAACAGUGCAGGAUAUAAAAAAUCUAAAUUAAACAGAAUUUGCUAUAAAGGAUGUAUAAACAUUAGAUAACUCUUUACAGGAAGUGUUUAGGAAGGCUGUGUAACUCACAUGCAGGGAGGUGUGACUAGGGCUUCAUAAACAGAGUGAUUAAACUCAUAAACAGCAGAAAUUGGGUAGUGAGACUGGAGAGGCAUGAUCUAUGCACCAAAAGUGCUUCAUUAGGCUAAAGUUGUUUUGGUGACUAUAGUGUACCUUUAACUCAAAAAGGUGAUUUUUUUUCAAAUCUAAAUUCUCAUUGAUUUGUGACUCUCGUCACGCCAAUAUUUUGUGUUAUGGGCGAUCAUUAACUACAUUGAUUCUUAUAAAAUUCACAUGAAGAAUUUGAUACUGGGCUCUAUAAAAUGUUUAAGAAAGAUCUGCUCUACUUAUCUUACAGAUUCAUCGCUGUGUCCAUCCCACUACAUUAUAACAGGCAGCAGGUAGACAACCGACAACUCUUUCUUAUCUCCACUACAUGGAUUUUUGCAUUUGCUGUUGCCUCUCCCGUCAUUUUUGGGCUCAACAACGUGGCAGGCCGGGAUCCAAACGUAUGUAAACUGGAGGAUAAUAACUAUAUCAUUUAUUCCUCUGUCUGCUCAUUCUUCAUCCCGUGUCCCAUUAUGGUUGUUCUAUACUGUGCUAUGUUUCAUGGACUUCGCAAGUGGGAGGAGACAAGAAAGGCCAAGUUGCUGAGUCACAUGUCUCCUGGACCUGGACGAAAGCCACAGUGCCCUAACCUCUUAAGUGAUAGUAGUCAUACAGACAGCAAACUGGAUGAACUCCACCUCUACGCUCAACAAAAUUGCCCUUUUUCAAAGUCUUAUGUGGACAAUGGCCAUGGAAUACAGACCGUAGCCUACCCACCACUCAAAUACUCAAAUAACAAGGAACCAGAAAGAAAACACGCCAAGAUCAAUGGACGAGAGAGAAAAGCCAUGAAGGUGCUCCCGGUUGUAGUGGGUGAGUCACAAUUAAAAGGAAUAUUUAGAUGUUGUAAGGUCAUACAAGGUCUGGGUACUGAAACAAGUGGUCUAUAAUUCAAACUCAUCACCAAAUACAUAAACAGUUUGACAUCUGCUUAUCACCCUUUGAUCUCUCCUAUACAUGCUCUCCUCCAAACAGCUUUUGAAAGAGACAGUAAUGCUUACAAAAUAGAUUGUUAUUAUUAUGCAUUUAGGUUAGGGAUAUAAGGAAGAUACAUAAUUCACCCUCAGCCUAGAACUUGAUUAGUGGAGCUGAGCAGGUGGCAAUUUCACUACAUCCAAUCAAAUAGAAAACAUAUAGAGGGGAUUAAAUCAUACAUUAUAGUAAACAACCAACGGAUUGUCUGAGUAAUCUGCUGCUAAAAAGUAUCAUUUGCUUGAAUUCACAAGUUAUCAUAAAUAACAAAAUUUACAAAUCCUUAUUGCCAAUUAUUGUGAAACCGUAUUACAGGAUGUGUGCUGUUUUCUUUAAAUGACAUAUAUUGCAAAUUAUGCAUUUGUAAUAUUAUUAAAUGCUAAAAGUGACAUAUAUUCCAUACAGCCUGUUGUAAAAAGUAAGAACAGACAAUUAAAUACUGACAUGACGGAGCUCUGGCUAGUGUCUGUUGAAUGUUUUGUCACGUUUGUCAAAAUACACAAGUGUUCGUCUCAUUCAUUCUGCAAAUGUUUGGCAAACUUUUAUUUUUUUUACUUUGCUGUUGUGAGUAAGGGACUACAGUGUGGACAUAAAGAAGCAUAAUACGAAUGUAUGAUCCCCAUCACCUGCCUAACAGGAUAAGUAAAACACAAAACAACAUGUGGGAGUGCUCAGGAUCACCAUCAAAUCCUGCAGAGAAUUGGGAAUAGGUGUUAAUUAUUACUUACAAACACGGGGAGAAUAUCCCAUACAUCAACUUACUAUUGUCCUCUUUGUAAUAGAAUUAUGCACAAAUGUGUCUCAGCUUGUAUGAACAAAUUAAAUGCCUUUGCAUCUGCAUCUGGAUUAAUCAAGUCGUCAAGGAUUUCCGUGUCUAGUCAUAUUUAAUGAAUAAGACUCCAUAGGUAAAUCCCAGACGGAUCGAUCUGCUCAGACUAAAAGGCCUUUCUUUGUUUGUCAGCUGAAACACAUUUGCGCACAAGUCUACUUUGUAACAAGAGUCUGAUUGUAAACACCUCAUACUGGUACUAGGCUCUCUCUGUGCUUCACUCUUCAUUCGGACACUCUGUUGGAGGUUUAGGUCCAUGAGAAGGUGAAGUAAAUUCAUUCAACGUUUUCUAGGAGAAUCUGAGAUGCUUUUCAUAAUUCGACUACUUUCCAACACUUUCGCCCCAUCACUUUUACCCCACCACACUGCACACUUGUUCUAACAAAACAUCAGACACUAUCCAUGUCUCUUUCUACAGGAACUCAAAAGUUAAAGGAGCACAUAUUGUGGGGGUGUUUGUAAGCGAAUUACAGAAAAAGGAAACAAAUAUAUUCCUAGACACAUACUUUUAAAACCUAACUUUUAUUACUAAUAGUACAAAGUAAGUCACCAAAAAAGGAAAAGAUAAAGAACACAAUAUAAUUAAGAGUAUUAAAAAGAUAGCUAGAAAAAGUAGUCUAUAAAGUAUGUUUAUAUUAAAGGGACACUAUAGUCACCAGAACAACUGCAGGUUAUUCCAUAAUCAUUCCCUUCUGGCUUUCUGCAGUAAAUACUGUCUAUUCAGAGAAAAUGCAGUGUUUACAGUACAGCCUAGCGAUAAUUCCACUGACCACUCCUCAGAUGGUGCUUCCUGGGGCAGUGCUGCACACUCUGCAGUACUGCAAUUCAGUGUCUCCAUCCUCUGCAUGCAGUCACUGAACUUUCCUCAUAGAGAUGCAUUGAUCAUUGUUUCAAUUUAUCUCUAUGAGGAGAUGCUGAUUGGCCAGGGCUAUGUUUGACUUGUGCUGGCUCUUCCCCUGAUCUGUUCCUUGACAAUUUCAGCAAAACUUUUAGGGCAUCUAAAUGUCUGCACUGAACAUUGUCCAGUGAAACAACCUAUGACUGUCCCUUUGAGGGCAACUAAGCUGACAAGCAAGAGAGUGCUAGAAAAUCUGUCUCUAUAUUAAACUAGCCAAGGCGGAUCCUGGGCUCGGUGUCAGGAGGUUGGGGCGCCGCGUGGAGCAGGCAAAUUGUUGUGACAGGGCCCAGAACGUGGCUGACUGACCACCUCAGGGCGCCCCCGAUGCAUGCACUUAUCAACCAAGACAGAGUAGGCUCCUUCUUAGCUGGACAGCAGGUGCCUACUCUCCUGAAAUACAGUGUGUUUGGGGGUGAGAGGAGGCUGGCAGCGGCAGAGGGGGAGCGCUUCCAGCUUAUGUUCUUCCAGAAUAUGUGUGUCUGUCAGUGAGCGUGUGUGCCUUUCUGUGAGAUUGUGUAACUGUCAGUGAGUGUUUGACUGUCGGUGAGUGUGUUUCUGUUAGUGAGUGUGACACACACUUCAAUGACAGACACAAACGCUCACUGAUUUGAAACACACUCACUGAUAGACACACUCACUGACUGAAACACACACUCACUGACAGUCACACACUGUCUAAUUUCACACACACUGACACACUCUCUCAAUGACAGUGAGUGUGUGUCUGUCAGGGUGAGUCAAAUCAGUGAGUGUGUGUAACUGUCAUUGAGCAUGUGUGUCUUUCAGUAAGAAAGCGUGACUGUCAGUGAGUGUGUGUCUGAUUGUCUAAUUACAAAAAGGGGUGUGGCUUAAAGAUGGGGAGGUGGAGUCAUUGACAUAGAAACAUUGCUAUAGAUUAAAAGCAGGUAGAACUAUUUAAUGAGUUAAAGGCGUAUCUCUAUAACAAAUAUGAACAAAAGAGGGUGCGGGGGGGAGAGGGGAGGAAAGGGCAAGCUUGCUGGUCAAACAACAUACAUCUCACAUAAUCGAGGCUACCAGAUGAGAAUCCCAAAAUUAGGAGACUGACAGCUAAAUGCUGCCUCUAAAUAAAAAUAAUAAUGAAGAUAAAUAAAUAAUAAAUUAAAAAGGGCAGUAAUUACGUAAUUAUAAACCCUACUGCAAAGUGUAUCAAGCUGUUAUAAUAAUGGCCAAUGAAGACAGGAGUAUGCAUUUAAGAAUUAGUGCAGUUAAAGGAAACUCAAUCGAAAAAGGUGGAUUAUUACCUAAAACGCAGAACCUUUGUUGAAAAAAGUAACAAAGGGCAGAAGCUGUCCUAAGGAAUGUAUAAACAAAAAAGGAAAAAAAAAAUGUGUGUGUGUAUAUAUAUAUAUAUAGGAUCCCACAAGAAUAUCCCUCUAGUUUAUGAAUUAUCAGUUAGGAAGUUGCAUGUCAGAUAGGUAUCAUAAAUCUCAUGGUAAAUUCAGUUCAUGGUAAAAUUAAAAUUUAAACCUCAAAUCAUCCUGCAUAACAAUUAAGUUGCAAACUGGACUAAAAGAAAAAAACAGGAGAGCAGAAGAAUGGUGCUAAUUAGAACUCAAAAAUAAUAAAAGUAAGGGAAUAUAGUGAUAAUUGGUAACAAAUUCUAAAUAAGAAAUUAGUAGAGUAGUAGUGUCAAUAUCAAUUAUUGAAUGGUGUGAAGUUACAUUCCUCAUUCAACCCUUUCGGUGCCAUGGUUUUAAAUGUAUAAAUCCAUUUGGAUUUUGUUUAACUAAUGCCAGAGUAAAGUUGCCUUUAUGGGAAUACAUGCUUAAUUUUACAAUCGCUUGAAAUUUGAGAUUAUCAGGAUUACCAUAAUGAAAGUUUACGACAUGUCUGGCAAGAGAAGUGACAUUGGACAUGCUGGUAUGCUGUAGAAUUUAGGGUCUGAACUGUUGAUACAUUUUUCCAAUGUAUUGUAAAUUGCAGCUACAGUUGAUCAGGUAUAUUAUGCCCGUGGAGCUGCAAUUGAUGAAAUCUUUAGUGUAUACCACUUCUGCUGUUUAAGAAUGGAAGAUAAAUUGGGGGGGGUUAAUGUAGUCACAGGCUUUGCAGUGUCCAUAUCGGAACGUUCCCUUAGCUGCAGUUUACCAUGUUGGAUUAGGCUUCAAUGGUUGCAACUGUUGGUAAACAAAGACUGAAGGCAAAUUCCCCUGCUAUGCCACUUUGUUUCAGUGAUUUAUCACAAUUAUGCCGACUAACCAACAACUUGAGAGAAUUGGAUCCUUGCACAAAUUUCCUGUUGGCAUCAAGUAAAUUGUCAGACUGUUUUCAAGGAAACUAUGUUUCCACUAGUCCUGUACUCUAUUUUAAUUAUGCUGGAAGGUUCCUCACUAUACUGUCUCUAUAAAAUCCAUUUAACUUUGUGCAACAUUUACCUUAUAUGCUUUUCUGUAUCUUGUAUGCUUUUCUGUAUCUGGGAGAUGAGUUUGUACAGUUCCUGACUCAAUUAUCUCCCAGGCACAAGGGAGGAGUUUAUGUGUAAUUGCAUGGAGACCCAAUGCUGGGAGUUUGUGUAUAACUUGGCUGUACCAUGUCCCAUUAAAAUAUAUUCCAGUUGUACUCCCAGAACUAUGUGUCGUCUAGUUACUGGGAAUGGAAAAGGCUAAUCUCUGCUCCAGCUUGUCCCAGCAUGGAAGAUUCAGCGGGGAAAGUCCUUGUAAGGACUAGAGCUCCCAGAACUGUGUGUCGUCCAGUCCCUGGGGGUAGAUUGAGCUAGUACCCUAGCCUGCUCCAGGGUGGAGAGGCUCCAGGAACCCAGUCAAGCCACGGCAACUGGUGCAGAAGCGCUGAGGUUUUUCCCCUGUUCCUGCUAGGAAGCGGUCCUUGGCGGAGAUACCCAGUCGGGGUACAGGGAGCUCUGCUACAAUGCCUUUUUGAGGUGGAAAUGAAAGGCUGCAUACAAUGAAAAGGGAAAUAUAGAAAUGUGUCUCUUGCCCACAUAUAUGGGCUUAAUAUAUUGUUUUUGUGAUAUUCGUCAAUUUUAGGCUUUUGAUUAAUAAGGUUCAUCUGGCCCAAAAGAGCACUCCUACAAAGAAUCAAGGUCUAUACACUCACCUACACAGUGAUGGACGAUGGCCCAAUUCUAUGUUCCUCUAUGUGGCCAACAAACUUAACAAUACAAUGAUCAGGGUACCCAUUUACCUCAAGUUGACACUGAGGUGUGGAGUGACCAAAAAGAAGAAAAUAAUAUGUCAUUUUGCUGCUGUCUGUGAUUAAAAAGUGUGUUAUAUGACAGUAAUUGUGCUUUUUAUAGUGUUUAGUUUUUAACCACACGCACAACUCAUGCGUUGAAAGGAAUAACUGUGAAUUUCACAUGACGAUACAUCAUUCCGCAUAAAUUACAUAUACUUACAUUCCUUAGAGGUGUUUAUUUGCUCAGUGCUUCUUUAAUCAAAUGUACAUUAGUCUGCUGCCAUAAAUUACAUAAAAUUGUAUUAGCUGUAGUCAGCGUCAUUAAGUCAUUAUAGAAAUGUUACAUGUGUAAACCAUUAGUAAUGCUGCAUGUGAGGUGCGUGGCGUAGUUAAGCUAAAUAUAUCUGUAAGCUUAAUGCACAGAGCAUCAACGUGCCUGUACUUUAUUACUCAGCACGGAUUUGUACAUGUCUGUUGACCAUAUGCCUUUGUCUACCAUCAUCCCACUUCAUAUCAAGAGCAGCUAUAUUCCCCUUCUCUUACUUGUUAAACCUCUUUCAACCUCACAGCCACCUUACUGGGUCCUCAGUAAGUGAGGAGGUCCAUUUAGGAAUACUAAGUGUUUCACUCUGGAACUGAAAUUCCUAAGUUACUCUCUCCUACCAUGGAGUUAUUUUCUUAUAGGAAUUCAAAAUGUGUACCAGUAUAUUGCAGAACACCACAUAGUAAAAAAGCUGAAAUGGUUAGCGUGCUUAAUGAGCCCCUUUCUGGAGUUGUCCCAGUAGGUCCAUUUAUUCCAUCACCUGGUUUGCUCUAAUACCACUGCACAGCUAGCACAAUGUCAUUAUAGCAGCUAUUGUAACGACAGGCAGUAUCACAGUAUAUCUCAUACGGCAGGUAUAGAGAUACUGAGUGGUUAAGGUAAGGAGAUCUGGAAGCCAUUACCCUAAGCCCCCCCUCCUAAUUUUACGUAACCCUAAGCCAUAAGUACAAUUAUAUAAAAAUAAAUGAAUGUAUUUUACUCACAUUUGAUUGAGCGGUAUAUCGUUCAAAUAUCUGUGCAUGGGUGGUAUAAUUCCCAUCAGUUAUACUUGAAAAAGCCUUUUAUUGGCCGUAUUUGUUUUAUUUCUUUAGCAUUAAAGAAUAUUUGGUUUUCACUUAUUAUAUAUGUGUUAGACUAUUUAUGACACUUUUAUGCUUUUUAAUAGUUUUUUAAAUUGUUUUAAUUUUUUUUUUUGACACUCUUUAUUUAUCGUUUUUUUCCCCAAGCUUGUAUGGGAUUACAGUAAGUGAAAGGAAGUACAUAACAUAUCAGGUGUUAAGCUGUACAGAGUCUUGAGCCAACAUUGCCAGGAAUGGGUUAUACAUUAUGCAAUGUACCGUAGGUGUACGUCAGGGCAGAUUCUGGGAAUGGGAAUAGGAUUUGGUUCAUCCUUUCACUGACUCCUCGUCUUCUAUACCCAGAUUGCAUAAUUCACCUUACAUGAGCCUUGUAUAGGCUGUACCAUGUAGUAGCACAGGAGUGAUCUUAUGAGCUUAUGCUAAGUACGGGGUACUGCCCCUGGUUAUUCGGUGGUCUGCAAUUGUUUUGUUCAGGCAGUAAAAUGCUUAUAUUGCCCUAGAAGGGAGUGAGCCAGGGUAACAAUGCUAUUGUAUCUGAUAUCUCCCUACCUGUGCUUGGGUUGUCUUGGUGUGUGCUCUGGGCUGCCUUGCUUUGCAUCUCGAGCUUGUGUGACUUGUGUGCUACUAGUGUGAAAGUCAGGUUAUGCAGGCCUGGGCAGUACAUCUCUUGGUGUCUUGCGCUAUAUAGGUAUGUCUACCAAAGAACUAGCAUAAUGAUGGUACACGUAGUCGGCAGGGGCCAAAAACUGGGGUUAACCUCGUCAUUGUGCCUGUCUAUAUUGCGUCACCUGUGCUGUCUGUAUCUCUCUUUGCUAGUAGUCCCUACUCGUAGGUAUUGUCUAUUUGAUGGUUUGGGUCCAUAGCGUGAUGGCACUUUUUAAAUAGUUUUUAACUAUUUUAUUUGUUCCUGGCACAUUCAACUUCAAUUUUGAACAACUACUCCAAACCAUAUACCUGGUGGGGAUUAUACCAUGCGCAGAUAUUUGAGCGAUAUACCGCUCUAUCAAAUGUGAGUAAAACACAUUCAUUUAAUUUUAUAUAAACUUUACUUACAGUGAGCACUAUUGUAUAUCUCUUUGUUUUUUAUAUAGCCAUCUGUACACUGGCUUUCAGAGUUUUAUAUCCAUCAGUGGAGAUUGGACCGCUGUAAGCUAUUUUACUUAGAGCUAGUUUAAGCUCUACAAAAUGUAAGUGCAAUUCCAAUCAUUACACUAGUAUGAGUUUUAUCUUCCUGAUUAAACACGCUGCACUAUUAUCAUUUAUUUUGCAUCUUUUUACAUGUUAUAAAGGGCCUUAAUCAAGAAUUAAAAAAAAAAGCAGCUGGUAUUGUGAUCAUUUAACUGUGAAUAUUGAACUUUACACGUUUAUUUAAUAUUUAUUCCAUGUAUAUUUCUUUACUAAUUUUUUCUUUAUAUCCAUCCAUUGUGUGUUUUAUGUUGCUAAUUAUUUAUGUUUUGAGGGUAUCCAUAAAUCCAGAGUUUGCUGCCUAUAUUUUGUUCUUCUAGUGUUUACCCCUACCUAUGUUUUUGUCUAAACCAAGAGUACCUACAAUACUAAUGAACCCCUAGCCCUAUACCACCCUUACCUUAUCUUAGUGGUGCCAUUGAGAAAGGGACCAUUCAGUGGUGUAGUUUAAGGGUGGGUGCGGUCUGCCCCGGGUGUCUGGUGACAGAAGGAAACACAGCACACCCCUUGCUUGGUGUCUAUUUGAAGUGGCUGCUCUGUGGGGCAGUGAGGUAGCUGCUGGGAUCAUUCUUCAUUGAUUUCCCAGGUCCCUUGCGUGCCAUGUACUGUUCCUGGUGCUGGGAUAUGACGCCAUCCACUUGAAACAGUGCAGAGCAAACGUGAGCGGGGAAAUCAGUGCACAGAGAUUGAUCUUAGCAGCAUCCACCCUGGCUCAGGUUCCACUCCAGCUCCUCUUGUCAUUUUUAAAAUAAAAAUUCAGUGUGUGUAUGGAUGUAACUAAGAGUGUAUAUGAGACUGUCUGUGUGUAUAUAUAAAUGAGUGUAUUCAAGUCUGUGUGUAUACAUUAAUGUGUGGCAGAGGUGGCUCUCUAAUUGGAUGGUUACACAAAACAAACUGCAGUCUUCACUCAGGAGUAAACACUUAUGAUCCACAGAAAAAUACACAGAAAUAAUAGAAGGGCCCAUUUAUUGAUAUAAACGUUGCAGCAAUGUAUGGGAGAAAAUAGUCAUGGCAGCACUCUAAAAAGCUGACUAUAAGAGCAGGAAUAUUGAGUAAUGCAAACCGUAUAUGAUAAUCACAAGAUGAAUAUACAGAUAUCCAGGCAAGGACAGCACACUUGCAAAAAAUAGGAACACUUAAGGAAUAAAAUAUAAAGUCGUUGUGAUACCUGCUGCUGUCAGACGUGAGGAAGACCACCUACACUGCCACCCACAAAGAGAUAAGAGUGAGUACCCUGGACGCCUUUCCCACCCCCUUGGUGCUUUAAGAGACUAACUCUCUGUAUCUAGCGCAUUAUAUAUACAUAUUGUGUAUAUAACAAUAUAGCGACUGCUCCUUACACACACAAAAUACAACCCUAUUAUUUUUUUCACUUUAGGUGUUAGUGGGGCCUCAUGUUUGAGUUUUGCCUAAGGUAUCAUAAAGUCUACAGCCGCCUCUGAUUUGCAGGUAUGAGAGAGUCUGUUUGAGUCUGUGUGUAUAUGAAUGUGUGUGUGUAUAUAUAUAUGAGUAUGUGUAGAUAUGAAUCUGUGUGUAUAAGUCUGUGUGUGUGUUUCUGCCAAUCUGUGUUUGUAUCCAUGUGUCUGUAUAUGAAUGGAUGAAUGCUCAUCCCAUUUAAUAAUAAAUAUCCUUAUCUGCUGGCCUUGGCUUGAGGCAGGGUGCGGACAGCGAUCUGCCCACCUCCCAUUAUUUAAUUAUUGUCAAGUCCCCAACCUGAUGCCUAUGGGUAUUGGCAUGGGGGGCACCCUCCUCCCCCUAUUUAUUUAUAUAGUUUAUAUAGACCACCCCCCGUUCUGUACAUUCUGGAAGAUUGUAUAUUACUGGGAGUGCGCGGACAUUUUUAGCUAAUUUUUCUGUUUUUACAUUUCAUAGUGGCUGACCAGCCUAUGCUAGCCAGUGGUCACAUGGUUAACCCUCGCACUGCCGAUUGACAUUAACCACUUGCCCACUAGCUGCAACGCAGCCACCAUUUAAUAGAGAUUAAUAGUUGACUGAAAUUCAAUGAUCAACUAAAAUUUUCACCAAAUAUCAUCCAAAAAGAAUAGACAUAUGACUGAAAGUAGGUCAAACUGGAAAAAAGUUUUCUUUUUGACCAAAUGACCAAAGCCACCAAAAAUGUUCUGUGUGCACAUGUCUAAUAUUUCCUACUCAUAUUCCAUUGUGCUCCAAUAAAUAAUCUUGCAUCAUAUUGCUCUGUAUAACCUACAUCUAUAUUCCAUUCUGUUCCUUCAAAUAAACUCCACCCAUAGCGGCGUAGCGCAACCUUUAUCCAUAAUCUAUCAUAUUGCUCUAUAUAACCUUUUAAUAUAACUCCUUGCGAUGUAUAAACACGGUUUAACUUGUCCUUUUGCUCUAUGUAACUGUUUCCUACAUCUUUUUCUGGUAUACCAUCUAAUUGUAAGCCCACCUAUAAUUCUUUAUCGUUCUUAACUAGUGAUGUCCCGAACUGUUCGCCGAACGGUUCAUGAACGGUUCGCCACGAUUCGCCACGAACGGUUCACCACGGACUCCAGUCAGCAGACACAUUCCAGCCAAUCAGCAGCAGACCCUCCCUCCCAGACCUUCCCACCUCCUGGACAGCAUCCAUUUUGAAGCUGCAUUCUUAGUGAGCUGAGGUGGGAGGGUCUCGGAGGGAGGGUCUGCUGCUGAUUGGCUGGAAUGUGUCUGCUGACUGGAGUCGGUGGCGAACCAUUCGUGGCGAACCGUUCGGCGAACAGUUAGGGACAUCACUAUUCUUAACAUUUCUCAGUAUGAGAACAAUAUAUUUGUUAUACUUCUUCACAAUUCUCCAUAUGACUGUUCCCUGUAUCCUUUCUUUUAUUGUCUAUAGCUCCUCAUUAAUCAAUUAGCCUUUGCUUAUCAAUCCUCCUAGUACUCUAUAUAGCUUAUCAUUGCAGUUUUAUGAUCUGCAUUAAUCCUGUUACUAUAGCAAAUUAUUUUUCUGAGUCUGUCAGUGAAUAAUCCCCAUUAACAUGGAUUUAAAAAAAAAUCAUAGAAAGAGGAUAAACAUAUUGAAGACAGCUGGAGAAGUACUCAGGACACAGAAUAUUUUGUGAAUGACCUUUCCCUCCUGAAACGGAACUAGUUUAUUUCCCUGAUACUUGGGAUUAAAAUUGGCAAAGGAUUGUGUGCAUUGUAGUACAAAUGCAUUGUAAUGUGUAAGCACCAAUAAUAUCAUAAUAAACAAUGACUAAAUUUCAGCAUUUAUUGAUAAGGGGGGGGGGUUGCAAAAGGGAGAGAUGGGCAAGAAAAGGUGUGUGUGAAAAAGUAGGGUUUAUGUAGCCACGUCUACCAGAAACACACACAAACACACAAAAAAAACAAAUGUCACACUCCUCCAAAUUGUGUUUAUUUUUUGUCAUUACUGUACUCUCAAUGUGUCUCUAUUUCACAUAUUGUGGGUGAAAAAAAGUGAUUCCAAACUAAUUUAACCCCUUAAGGACCAAACUUCUUAAAUAAAAGGGAAUCAUGACAUGUCACACAUGUCAUGUGUCCUUAAGGGGUUAAAGGGACACUAUAGUCACCAGAACAACUACAGCUCAUUAUAUUUGUUCUGAUGAGUAUAUUCGGUCCCUUCAGGCUUUUUGCAGUAAACACUGUCUUUUCAGAGAAAAUGCAGUGUUUACAUUACAGCCUAGGAAUAACUCCACUGGCCACUUCUCAGAUUGCUGCUAGAGGUGCCUCCUGGGCAGUGCUGCAUAGUGUAACUGCCAUUCUGUGUCUCCAUCCUCUGCAUGCAGACACUGAACUUAUGUCAUAGAAAUGCACUGAUUUAAUGCAUCUCUAUGAGGAGAUGCUUAUUGGCCAGGAUGGAAUUUACCUCGGCACCCUGGCCCGCCUCUUUGUCAAUCUCAGCCAAUCCAAUGUUUUCCUAUGGGAAAGCAUUGUGAUAAGCUGAGAUCAUCACUUCUGAUGAUGUCAGCCAAGGAGGCAGAUCAGGGACAGCACCAGCAGACUGUAAUAUCCUCCUGAGACCGAGCCCAUUAACUUGUGUCCUCUGUAUUGUAAAGAGGACAUCCCGAGCUUUCCAGUGAUAUGUCAUGUGACAGACUGGAAUGAUGGGAAGAUCAUAAAAAAGAAAUUGGAAGACAAUUUCUUUCCUCGGUUCCCAGGAGAAUCAAGGUAAGAUUUUACUAUAUUUAGGAGGGCCAGAGGGCUAGAUGGUGUUUUUAACUGUACUGUCCUGUUACUUUGAUGCAGAGUUAUUUGCAAGUCUGUCCGGUGGGUAAAGGUCCCUUACUGUGUCAUUUGGAUAGGUCUUCAUUGUCCAGAUAUCAGUUUUCAAAAUUUUUAAGUUGUGUUUGCUUUGAUUGGGUUUGGAUUCUUGUUUAUUUCCUCCCACUCAUUUCGUAUUGGUGCAGUAACACAGGCUCACUUGUUGAGGUUCUCAGAUUCUCAGGCAGUGUUAUAUGUACUGGGCAGCUCGUCGGUUGGACUUACGGCUUGAUUAUCGGGCACUCUUUUAUCUACUAAGCACCUCGGCAGGUUGACUUAUGGCUUUAUUAUUGAGCAUUUUUUAAAUCUAUCUGGCAGAGGAAUGUUCUUAUGGUCCUAACCUUGCUUUUUCAAAGGAGGCAGUUAGGGUUCGGUGGAGGGGUGUCCAGAGGUUGCAAUGGGCUUGGUAUACUCAGAAUAUGUUUGUUAAAGUAAAUGUUUUUCAGUCUCUUUUGGUUCUCAAUGUUCAUGCAGGUGGCAACGACCUGGGUCAUGAGCAAACAAUUGUUUUGACACACGCAAUAUGACAUGGCUCAUCUUGCUUUGUUCAAACAGGUGACUCUGGUUGGUCAGAAGUUAUGCCUAGGCCGGUGUUGGCUUCAGACAUAACAGCUAAGUUGCUUGAGCAAAGCCUGUGAAGCUUUAUUUGACUAUUGUGUUUUAUGGGAUGUAUUGGAGGUUACUCGAUGCGUUACAAGGAGUUAAAAGGGGAUAACUCUGAUCUUAUGAGGAAGGACGCAUUUCACUUUAAUGUAAUAGGGUUGGAUAUAUUUAACUUGGGAUUGCAAUUUGGAAUAGAAUUAGCACUGGCGGCAGGGGAGUGGUUGCAAUGACGAUCUUACCUAAGCAGGAUCACCAUUGAGGUGAUGGAGCUACCUGGCCAGCACUGCAGUGUAAAAGAAAAGUAAAGACAUGCCAAAUCCGGCCUUGGGGGAGCGAGUGGUUUGCUGCGGCUGAUGGCAGAAGGCAAACUGCUCGAGUCUUAGUUCAUUCAUAAGUUAGUGGGCUGCUGGAAACUAACCCCAGCAGCUGACAGUCUGUUUGUUUACAUUUUGCUGGCUUUAGUAUUUUGUUAAUAAAGCUGUGGCCGUAGCCCUAUCCAAAUGAACAAUGGUCUUCUCAUUAUUUUGGAUGGAAUGGUGGGGUGAUAAAAUUAUAUGGGAAUGUGUGGUGCAGGUGCAUCUGCAGUCAAGAGUUAGUAGGAUACUGAAAAAGGUGAGAAGAGAUCAGCAGACCUAAAGAGAAGGCACAUAUAUACCUGUAUUUCUGAAUGGAGAAAUUCCAUAAACUCUUUUGGGCUCACAUUUAACAAGUCUUGAAUUGGGAUUGAUCCUUACAAGUAAUGUAGUUAGUGGCUGGAGUAUCCAGUCCAUACCAUAGUAACACAUCGCUACAUGUUCUGGGACCAAAUAUUUUAAUGGAAUUCCUAUACAGACAAUCAGUGACUAAAUUUGGUGGAAGACACAGUGUACUGCAGCCUGCAUAGACAUAAACAGACAUUUGACACCUGUGCACAUGGUGAUGUCUAUCAUGCCUUUGGUCUGGCUCAAUGUGGAAUGGUCUGGCUCAGUGUAGAAUGGUCUGGCUCAAUGUGGAAUUGUCUGGCUCAGUGUAGAAUGGUCUGGCACAGUGAGGAAUGGUCUAGCUCAAUGUGGAAUGUACUGGCUUGGUGUGGAAUGGUCUGGCUCAGUGUAGAUUGGUCUGGCUUAGUGUGGAAUGGUCUGACUCUUUACGGAAUGGUCUGGCUCAGUGUGGAAUGGUCUGUCCCAGUGUUGAAUGGUCUGGCACAGUGUGGAAUGGUCUGCCCCAGUGUGGAAUGAUGUGAGGGUUUAGUUAGAGGUUGGAGACCAUAGUGGGUUGAGGUGAGUUAAUGUAUCAAGUCUCACUUAUCUCAUGCUGGGCAUUAAAAUUACAAGCUCAGCAUGUAGAGCUUAUGUUACUAUCAUUGUCAGUGUCACAAGGGAGAGCAGCACAUCUGCUCUUCACUGCGGCACUGGAAGGGUUUGGUUUACUGGUGUAGCUUGCCUACUGAAACCCUCUGCCUGGUCUCUCUAGGAAUAGCAUUUAUACAAGUGAAAUGCCAUUUAAUUAUUGCAAAUCAAGUUUUAUUGAUUUUCAAAGUAUGCAAACAGGGUACAGAAAUAAAGAGCUUAUAUAACGCACCAAUUCAGCAGUUCAAGAAUGACAUGGAUACAAGGUUGCUUUACACUGAAAUUCAGUCUGGAAAUCUAGAACAAUAUGGCAGUAAUGGGGCAUCCGUUAUAGUGCAUUGCAGUAGAGUGCAUUAAGCACCCAAGUAACAUGAGCAAUAAAACACAAAUGAUAAUAGAACCAAGAAAGAUUUGCCAUGAAUCCUUAUGUCAAUGCAAUAAAUCAAUUCAGUUACAGGGGUAAUCAGCAAAAGGACAACGGUCCUGUCAAGUGACAUCUCGGAAUGAGACGAGCUAAGGCCAAGAAUGAAGGUUUUGCUUUGAGAUAUGUCACCAAAUGCAUUAGUAUACAUGCUAAAUCAUCUAAAAUGUUUGUUAGUAAUCUUAAAUAAUAUAGAAUAAAAAAGGUGCCAAGAAGAGCUAAACAGGAGACUGGCACCUGCGUGGUGAAAUAUUCUAUCAGCUAUUUACAUGAACGAUCACAACUUUUAGUAAGCUUAAUGUGACAGGAAACAUCUAAAAAUUAUUACACGAUAAAACAUGCAAAAAUAAGGAAAGAUUGGGGAAUCUUGGUAUAACUGUACCUUUGUAAACCCUAUUCAAUAUAUAACUGUGUUUAGAGUUGAGUUUAUGUUUAAAACAUAGAUCAUUUGGUCAUAGAGUUAGCUGAAGGAAGAGAUUAUCAAACAGGAGAAAGUAUAAGUGAAAAGAGAGAAUGAGAGGACCCCGAAGAGAGCAGGGUGAAAGAGAAGCCACCAUAUGGACUCAGGGCAAAAAUGGGCAUUGCUGCCCCUCAUUGUCUGCAACAAAAAGGAAUCAUAAGUCAGGACUCUCGUUCAAGUCCCAGACGAUAGAUGUCCAUUGAUGGAUUAGUUGCCCACAGUUCUACCUGGUUAGGAAUCUACAGCUCGCCCUUCACUGGCAGCACCAUCAGAGUACUCCCAUCGGGUAGCCAUUACCCCUACAGCUUCUGGCUCUAUAUAACAAGUUUGGUCCAUAAUCCGCUAUAUGGCAACUACUCCACAAAAUUCUAAAGUACUUCACGAGACUACUCAACAAGAUGCUCCUAAUCCAGCAGGGCUCACAGCAUAAAAGGUGCACCACUCCAGGCCCUCACAAAGCACUGAGGCAUAGGUUAUGCAAGCCCAAUCAAAAUGCUGCUGGUCAUGGUGCAAGGCAAAGGUCCUUCUCAACAGUGCAUGCAAUUGGUGAUCCUCCAAACUUCAGUACAUGAGACUAAAUGUAGGUCGUCAUCAGAUAAUUGUGAGGUGUACUCCUUUGUAGUUAUAAUAUAGGAACACAGUUGCAUUUAUUGCUGGUCUGAAAUUGAGUUAUAUCAGACUCAUAGAGUAGUCAGCAGAGCCAGUUCAGAGACAAAGUCCCUCCCCAACUUCAGUCUCUCCAUGGGUGUCCCCUUCACUUAGAAUAUUGAUGAACAAAUGUACAAAAUUAGUUUAGCCUGCUGGGUCUUCUCAAGACAUUAAAUUAGGUUUAACUGUUCUAAUAUUUUAGUAGAUUAAAAUUAAAGAUGUUUUUGUUACCUGAGAGGGUUCCUCAAUAUAUUUUUAGGGUUUAUUAAAUAAAAUUUUAAGUUGAUUUAGGUGAGUUCUAAAUUAAUACUGGAGAUAGCCACAGCGGCUGAGCAGUGAUUCAUGCUCAUGCCAUGUUUAAUUGUUACUAAGCCGGAAUAUUUAACAAGAUCUUCCUGAUAUGAAUUGUUGAGCCUUGACCUCUUUCAGCUUGGUCGACCUGCUAGCAAACAAACAAACCAAUGAAUUGGCUCAAUGCUCGUAGCCAAGUUAAGCAUGAGAGUAUGGGUGUUUUAGGUUCGUUCCUAUAAUGCUGACAGAAACAUUAUAUGAGAAACCAAUAAACAAUGGUUGUGUACAAUGUUACUCACCACCAAUCUGAUAAUACUCCACUUAUGUUGGUCAAGGUUUCAGGAAAUAUGUGAUAGCUAGGACCCCAGUUUCCCCUGAUAAACAUUAUAGCAUAAUAUUAUUAUAUUUUUUAUAACACAAAUUCUAUAGCACUGUACAAUGGGUGUACUAACAGACAGGUAUUUCUAACCAGACGAGUUGGACACACAGGAACAGAGGGGGAUGACAACAUUGCUCAAAUGAGUCUGCACUGUUAGAGGAUACAGCUGAAAUUUAGUAGGAAAAAAAUACAUACAUAGUAAAACUGGGCAAUUAAACGUUGGAAAUGAUUUACAAAUUUAAAAAUACAAAUAGAAGUAAAUACAGGAUUUUAAAACUGUAUGUGCUUUUAUUUGUAUUUUUAAGUUUUGCAAAUGUUAUUUUAUUCCUACUUGACUUUAGCAUUUAUUUUCAAUAAAUAUAUUUUUGCUACACAUUUUUAUUGUUGGAGCUCCUGUUUGGAAGCUGUAUGGAGGUGAGCCCUCCAGAGGCAGCAUUUGAGCAUGUGGGUGUGUUAUUUAUACCAGCCCCCCCCCCCCCAAAGAUCGGUGGAGCUAACUUUAUACAAUGAAACACAGCAGUCUUCAGUGAGUGCAAUAAUUCCCAGCAUUGAAAUUGCAGAGUUUUACUGUAUUACACUAUGUUGCAUAUUUUUUCUACUAGAUUCCAGCUGUAUCCCUUAAUAGUGUUCUACGCUAUAAUAAACAUUGGUAACUGCAAAGUUAAUGCACCAGCACUUGACAUAAAUAAGCUGUGCGAAUGAUGGAUGUUUCAUGAUCGGAAGCAGAUACACUUCCAGAUGGCUAUGAAGGGUAAAGACCUUGUAACAUUGAACAACUGUUUGCAGAUGGCCUCCUGUAAAUGAAUUACGCUGUCCCCCUCCCUUUAUAUUGAGAACAACUUCUCAUAGGAUUUUUACUGAACCAAUUGCCCACGUGUUCCAUGCAGUGAAAAUCCCCUCUGUAGGUUAAAAGAGGUGAUCAACUCCACCUCUUGAUGACACAGAAAGGACUCGUUGCCUGGAAAAGUGACAAAACGACAGACAUUUGCAGAGCAAUUCCUUUUAAGAAUGAUUAAUUUUUUUUAUUAUUUUUUUUUUUUGGCAACAUGUGGAUGAAGAUAAUUUAUUUAUAUUAUAAUUAAAAAUACUCUAUAUUGCAAUUCUCUCCCCAUGGAGACUUAAAGUACACAAAUUGCCGACUGAUUAGUAGUUUGUACCCUGUACACAAAUAAAAUUAUUGUGGGGUUUUGUGGACUCAAAAUUAUCCACAAAUUAUUCGAAAUUAUCCAGAAAUAGUAUAAGACUGAAUCGUUAUUAUCACUGACCUAGUUUCCUUAUAUACAAAAAACUCUGCAUGCUUUGUGGGGGAAAAAAAAAUCAAAAAAGUAAAAAACCAUAGGGUUAAUUCUCUAAACAGUGAUUUACAAGAAUGGGGUAGUUUUCCUACUAAUCACGCUGUAAUGCUAGUCAUAAAAUAAUGGUGACUGGGCAUCUAUGUUGGCUCAUCAGUGGCUCCAUGCAGACUGAGCUUGCAUGGCCAAAAAAGUCACUUGCUUCCCCAUGCUGUGCAUUCUCAAUCAGAGUGCUUCGGUUGGUUUGGCUUGUAAACUAACCAAUUAAAGUGCUCUGAUACUACUAGUGUAAUACUACUCGGGAAAAAUGUAUUUGGAACUCAACUGCAGGUGAACGAAUAAAUUUGAAGCUGUCACUUUAAGAAAAUAUAAUUUAUUUAAAUAAAGGAAUUUAAUGUUGGCAGACUUCUGCAGGAAUAAGGUUUUGAAAUAAUAAUUCAUGAAUGUUUGAAAUUUUGUUUCAAAAUUUCAUCACAAGAAUACAGCAUAUAAAAAAUAAGGAAACGUUUGAUUAGCAAUACAGUCCAAAGACUUCAAUAUUACGUUUAACAGAGCAGGUGAGUUGAUUCCUGUUGUAUGAAAUAAUACAGUCUUUUGGAAAAAGACAACAAAAUCUAGUACUUAGGUAUAUCCUAUUUUUUACAGUGGUUAUAGUCCUUUAGACUACAAAUAAUAAUGAAUAGGACAAUUUAAGAGUGAGUAAUUGGCUUAUGAGACUUUCAAUUAGAAUAUAAAAAUGGUAUCCCAGAAGCAGAGUUAGUAAUUCCUUAUCUUUUCCAAAUAACUUCAGUAAAGAACCUAUUGUUAAUCCCAAUAGGAGGAGAAUUUAUCUUGCAUUGAGUGAUAUGCAUGAGAGUCCUUCCAAGAUAGAGUGGAUUAUGGUUCCUUGAGGUAUGUGAAGAAAGGCAGGAAUCAAAAAUGAAGUCUUGUUCCAAGUCAGGGAGUCGAGAGUAGGGCGUAGUCAGGAUCAAGCCAAGAGGUUCGUUACACAGGAAAAUAAUUAGAAGCUCCGUCAGUAAAUAGGCAACAAGGUAGCAAGUAUGCGAGAGUAUCAAAUACAGGAAACAUUGAUUGAUUUGGAUGCGGUCAUGGCUUCCUUUUGAAGAAAAGCGUGUGACGUCAGACGUAUGACGCGGAGAAAUAUUGGCGAAACCCUGUAGUCAUAUCGGUAGUGCCGAUCUGGCUGAAAUCAAACAUAGAGGAAUUCCGAGAAAAUAGGGAGGAAUCCUGACAGAUAGACAAGAUUUGCAUUGGAAUUUACAUAAAUCUUCCCCGUAAGUUAAUAGUGACUCUGGUUGCUGGACAUACCCCCACUCAGGGCUGGUCAAGUGUGGCAAUGGGAGAUGUGUAAAACUUCCCUUGUACUAAUGUGGGGUCAUUUUGACCCCACAGGCUUUUUUUAAAAUUUAUUUUCAAUGACCGGUGUAGUCAAUAAAAAAGGAUGGUAAAUAUGCUUCAGAAUAAUUUUUACUGGAGGAUGCUUCUCCAGUAGCUGUCCAGUUUAUUGGGUUGGGCUGCUAACAUUUUAGCUGGCAUUAAAUCCAGUUGAAUUUUGAUAAAAAAUAUCGGAACAAAACCAGUCGGUACAUUUUCUGGGACCAACCCAGUUUGAACACUUUUAAUUCAGAUUAAUUUCUUUGUUAGGCUCAUGUCUCAUUUUCAACGUAGAAGCCAAGUAAUGAGUUUCCUUUAAUAAUUUUUAUCCAGCUCUUAAUACAUUAUCUGUUCUCCCUAUAGUCAAUUUACCACCAAUUUCUGGUAAUUUUUUUUUUGACUUCUUAUACAGAUACACUUAAAGGACCACUCUAGGCACCCAGACCACUUCAGCUUAAUGAAGUGGUCUGGGUGCCAGGUCCAGUUAGGGUUAACCCAUUGUUUUAUAAACAUAGCAGUUUCAGAGAAACUGCUAUGUUUAUCAAUGGGUUAAGCUUUCCCCCAAAGCCUCUAGCGGCUGUCUCAUUGACAGCCACUAGAGGCGCUUACGUGUUUCUCACUGUGAAAAUCACAGUGAGAGGGACGCAAGCAUCCAUAGGAAAGCAUUAUGAAUGCUUUCCUAUGCGACCGGCUGAAUGCGCGCGCAGCUCUUGCUGCGCAUGCGCAUUCAGCCGACGGGGCGGAUCGGAGGAGGAGAGGAGGAGGAGAGCUCCCCGCCCAGCGCUGGAAAAAGGUAAGUUUUAAUCCUUUCCCCUUUCCAGAGCCGGGCGGGAGGGGGUCCCUGAGGGUGGGGGCACCCUCAGGGCACUAUAGUGCCAGGAAAACGAAUAUGUUUUCCUGGCACUAUACAGGGAGUGCAGAAUUAUUAGGCAAGUUGUAUUUUUGAGGAUUAAUUUUAUUAUUGAACAACAACCAUGUUCUCAAUGAACCCAAAAAACUCAUUAAUAUCAAAGCUGAAUAUUUUUGGAAGUAGUUUUUAGUUUGUUUUUAGUUUUAGCUAUGUUAGGGGGAUAUCUGUGUGUGCAGGUGACUAUUACUGUGCAUAAUUAUUAGGCAACUUAACAAAAAACAAAUAUAUACCCAUUUCAAUUAUUUAUUAUUACCAGUGAAACCAAUAUAACAUCUCAACAUUCACAAAUAUACAUUUCUGACAUUCAAAAACAAAACAAAAACAAAUCAGUGACCAAUAUAGCCACCUUUCUUUGCAAGGACACUCAAAAGCCUGCCAUCCAUGGAUUCUGUCAGUGUUUUGAUCUGUUCACCAUCAACAUUGCGUGCAGCAGCAACCACAGCCUCCCAGACACUGUUCAGAGAGGUGUACUGUUUUCCCUCCUUGUAAAUCUCACAUUUGAUGAUGGACCACAGGUUCUCAAUGGGGUUCAGAUCAGGUGAACAAGGAGGCCAUGUCAUUAGAUUUUCUUCUUUUAUACCCUUUCUUGCCAGCCACGCUGUGGAGUACUUGGACGCGUGUGAUGGAGCAUUGUCCUGCAUGAAAAUCAUGUUUUUCUUGAAGGAUGCAGACUUCUUCCUGUACCACUGCUUGAAGAAGGUGUCUUCCAGGAACUGGUAGUAGGACUGGGAGUUGAGCUUGACUCCAUCCUCAACCCGAAAAGGCCCCACAAGCUCAUCUUUGAUGAUACCAGCCCAAACCAGUACUCCACCUCCACCUUGCUGGCGCCUGAGUCGGACUGGAGCUCUCUGCCCUUUACCAAUCCAGCCACGGGCCCAUCCAUCUGGCCCAUCAAGACUCACUCUCAUUUCAUCAGUCCAUAAAACCUUAGAAAAAUCAGUCUUGAGAUAUUUCUUGGCCCAGUCUUGACGUUUCAGCUUGUGUGUCUUGUUCAGUGGUGGUCGUCUUUCAGCCUUUCUUACCUUGGCCAUGUCUCUGAGUAUUGCACACCUUGUGCUUUUGGGCACUCCAGUGAUGUUGCAGCUCUGAAAUAUGGCCAAACUGGUGGCAAGUGGCAUCGCGGCAGCUGCACGCUUGACUUUUCUCAGUUCAUGGGCAGUUAUUUUGUGCCUUGGUUUUUCCACACGCUUCUUGCGACCCUGUUGACUAUUUUUAAUGAAACGCUUGAUUGUUCAAUGAUCACGCUUCAGAAGCUUUGCAAUUUUAAGAGUGCUGCAUCCCUCUGCAAGAUAUCUCACUAUUUUUGACUUUUCUGAGCCUGUCAAGUCCUUCUUUGACCCAUUUUGCCAAAGGAAAGGAAGUUGCCUAAUAAUUAUGCACACCUGAUAUAGGGUGUUGAUGUCAUUAGACCACACCCCUUCUCAUUACAUAGAUGCACAUCACCUAAUAUGCUUAAUUGGUAGUAGGCUUUCGAGCCUAUACAGCUUGGAGUAAGACAACAUGCAUAAAGAGGAUGAUGUGGUCAAAAUACUCAUUUGCCUAAUAAUUCUGCACUCCCUGUAGUGGUCCUUUAAUGCAAACUCACACACUUGAAAAAUAAUUGUAAUUAUAUGAAACUCGUAGAUUGACUGGGUCUCUCUAUUUCCGUGAGCCUAAGAUUUGCUUGAUGACUGUUUUUUUUACAUACUUUGUUAUUAUAUUUUAAUAUAAUAAUAUAUGAGAAAGUUGAGAUUUUUUUCUUAUUGAUUACUGAUGAGUUGCUUACAUUGAUUGUCCUCUCUGAGAAAUUAAAGUACUAAUUUCUUCUACUUUUCACAGAACUAAAAACUGUAGAGAAGUAACAAACUAAUUGUAGGGAAUUAUAGGCCACAAUAUCAACUUCGCUGUUAUUAAAGGAUCACUAUAGGGUCAAGAACACAAACAUGUAUUCCUGACCUAUAGAGUUAAACCACCAUCUAGCCCCCUGGGCCCCUCAUACCUCCAUAAAUAUAGCAAAAUCUUACUGUAUUCGCCAGAAGCUGUAACUCUGCAUGCUGUUUGCCUAAAAAAACAAGCAGUCUGCUGACAUCAUCAAGUGGUAGCCUGAUCAAUCACAGUGCUUCCCCAUAGGAUUGACUGAGACUGACAAAGAGGCAGAUCAGGGCAGUGCCAACCAUAGGCGUCGAGCCUAUUGCACGUGGGGUGUGCACCCUAAAGCACAAACACACGCUGCUGGCGUGUGUGUGUAUAUAUAUAUAUAUAUAUAUAUACACACACACACACUCUCACAGACACACACACACUCACAGACACACGAACACAGACACACACACACUCACAGACAGACACACACACACUCACAGACACUCAUACACUCACAGACACACACACACUCACACACUGACACACACACACACACACACACUCACACUGACACAUACUCACACACUCACAGACACACACACACUGACACAUACUCACACACUCAGACACACUGACACAUACUCACACACUCACAGAAACACACACUGACACAUACUCACAGACACACACUCACACUGACACAUACUCACACACUCACAGAAACACACACUCACACACUCAACUGACACAUACUCACACACUCACAGAAACACACACUGACACACUGACACAUACUCACACACUCACACUGACACAUACUCACACACUCACAGACACACACUCACACACUCACACUGACACAUACUCACACACUCACAGACACACUGACACACACACACACAAAUUAUUAUAUUUUAAUUUUUUAAAAAAAUGUCCACCCAGCCUCCUACCUGGAGUGCUGGUGGACUUUUCCCUGGGGUCCAGUGGGGGCGGGCGCCUUUCCGCAGUUCAGCCGCGGUGAGGGAGCUCUCUGCUGUCUGCUCCCUCUCGCCGCGCGGGCUGUCUGCUGCAGCUGGGAGCCGGAAUAUGAACUGCAGGGUGGGUGGAAUCAUCACCUCUUGCCCUCCCAUGACAGGGGCAAGAGGUGAAACAGGGGGCACUGAGUGCCUGCAGGAACGCUGUUCCUGCAGGACUCAAACCAUAGGCGUGCCACGGGGAUUAGGGUGUGCCCAGGCACACCCGGCACACCCCGUGCGCACGCCUAUGGUGCCAACAUGAUUCAAACACAGCCCUGGCCAAUCAGCAUCUCCUCAUAGAGAUGAAUUGAAUCAAUUCAUCUCUAUGAGGAAAGUUCAGUUUCUGCAUGCAGAGGGAGGAGAUAGUGAAUGUUUGGAUGCAUUGUAAGCAGCCAUGACCCAGGAAGGAUCUCUAACAGCCAUCUGAUGAGUGGCCAGUGAAGUUAUCACUAUGCUGUAAUGUAAACACUACCUUUUCUCUGAAAAGACAGUGUUUACAGCAAAAAGCCUGAAGGUAAUGAUUCUACUCACCAGAACAAAUUCAAUAAGCUGUAGAUGUUCUGGUGACUAUAGUGUCCCUUUAAUUCAGUUAAUUUGGCUUAAAAUUUGAAGUUCUCUUGUGAACAUUCAAUACCAUUUUCUGACUUUCUGCUCAAUCACAGUAAGCAAAUCCUCAUUCUUUUACUUCCACUAGCGCUUCUGAAGUUAAAAUAAAAUUGAAUAAAAUAAAAUAGUAUAUAUGAUACGAUUAUAUGAGUGAAAUCUGUAGAAAUCUGUUUGGGAGAAUAUAAAGGCAAUAUUUGAUUUAUAAAAAUGUGUUACAAACCUUAAAAUAUUGAUAGGAUAACGCUCAACUAUUAGCACAAAUUGAGAAAGCUCUAUAUCUGGGUAAGACUGGAACACACUUCAAAUUGAUGGUUUUUUUUUUUUCUUGUGGGCCAGCAGAAGAAGCAGAGAUAUGAUAAAAGCUGUACUUAAAAGACUUGAAAAGAAACAUUUUGGUUCCAAUUAGAUAAACCUAAAAGUGAUUCAAAUCAUGGGCGUCCACAGGAAUUUUUCCAGAGGGGGACAUAAUUGUAAUGACAUCCACGCUUGGUCCCUUUUUGACAGUGUCAUGAAGGGGAGGGGCAUAGUCAUUAUCACCUAAAGCCAGGGUGAAUAGCAUUUUCACAACUAUGGUGUCAGGAAUACAUGUUUGUAUUCCUGACACUAUAGUGUUCCUUUAAGAAAAUUAAUGGAACAUUCUGGUCACCAUAACAACUUCAUCUAAAUGAAAAUGUUAUGAUGCAUUUUCUUUAAGGGGUUUAACUGCUCCCAAAUGGUUUAACCCCAAAAGCUUCCUCCAGCUCCAGAUCUCCAGAUCGCUCAGUGACAGGGCCGGCCUUAGGCCUUUAGGCGCCCUGUGCGAAAAGUCUUCACGGCACCCCCACACCAAGUUGCCUGUAUACAGUCACACACACAGGCACAGGCAGACAGUCUCACAAACAGUUACAAGCAGACAGUCAGACACGCUCAUUUACAGGCAGACAGUCUUACACACACACACACACACACACACACACACACACAGUUCCAGGCAGACAGUCACACAUGCUCAGUUACAGGCAGACAGUCACAGAGCCAAACACACAGUUAAAGACAGACAAUCACACACAGUUACAGGCACACAGUCACACACACAGUUACAGGCAGACAGUCACACACAGUCACAAGCAGACAUUCACACAUACUCUAUUACAAGCAGACAGUCAUACACACUCAGUUACAGGCAUGCAGACACUCACAUGCUGAUAGGCAGACGCACACUCAGUUAAAGGCAGAUAGUCACACAUACAGGCACAGGCACACACAAUGGCACAGCUACAGCGACACACACAAUUGGAAGAGUGAAGAGGCAGACAGUCAUACACACAGGCAGAAAGUCACACAUACAGGCAGACAAUUACACACAGGCAGACUGUCACACACAGGCAGAAAGUCACACACACACACACACACACACACAGGCAGACAGUCACACACACAGGGAGGCAGUCACACAGACAAACACACACACAGGCAGGCAGUCACACAGACAGACAGUCACACACACACACACACAGGUAGGCAGGCAGUCACACAGACAGACUGUCACACACACAGGUAGGCAGGCAGACAGUCACGCAGACACAGUCACACACACACACACACACACACAAACAGACUUACCUCUUUCCAUUAUGGCUGGAAGGGGGAGUAGAUGCAGUUUGUUGUUGGGGAAGAAGGGACUCCUUCCUUCUUCCCUCUUCCUGUGCAGCAGUUACCAGGGGCUUCGGGUAGGUAUUAGCUCCGCCUCAUGAUAAGCCCCACCGCUCAGUAAAAUGUCGCUUCAUGAAAAUGUUUAACUUUUUUAUGAAUGGGGAGCUACCGAUUGGCUUAGAGAGCCAGCUGACUGCUCUAGCUAAUCAGUGGAACCCCUACCCAGCGGCACUCUGUGCUUCCUGACACUCAGUAAAUAAAAGUGAACACAUUAACACUGAUAUGUUUUUUACCUGGCGAGAUGAGAGGGUCCAAAGUUUCCCUGCCAGGCCCAGGUACCAAAGCCUUAUGAUGUGGUGUCCAGAAUGAAGUGGAGGGAUCACUUCACUUGUCCUUUCUGCUCCAAUCUCCUUUUCUUCUCCUUCAUUUGACACAGUCUUCUUUUUCUUCUGACACGGGCUCCUUGACCUUUCUGCCACUUUCUGCUUAUUUUGCGGCCUUCUGCUCCUUUCUCUUUCUGAUCCCUUUCUGCUUCUUGCAGACCCUUUCUGCUCCUUCUCCUACUUAACCUUUGUGCUCAUUGCUGCCCCUUUCUGCUCCUUGCUGUCCCUUCCUGUUCCUUUCUGCUUCUUCUUCUACUUUACCUUUGCGCUCCUUUUGCCCCUUCCUGCUCUUUGCUAUCCUUUUCUGCUCCUUCUCCUACUUUACCUUUGUGCUCCUUCUGAUUCUUUCUGCUCCUUUACCUUUGUGCUCCUUCUGUCCCUUCCUGCUCCUUGCUGCCACUUUCUGCUCCUUGCAGAACCUUCCUUCUCCUUGCAAACCCUACCUGCUCCUUGCUGCUUCUUCCUCCUUCUUGCUGCCCAUUCCUGCUUCUUGCUGCUCCUUCCUGCUCCUUGCUGACCAUUCCUGCUCAUUUCUACUCCUUAUCCUACUUUACAUUUGUGCUCCUUCUGCCCAUUCCAGCUCAUUGCUGACCCUUUCUGCUUUUUGAUAUCCCUUCCUGCUCAUUUCUAUUCCUUUCUUCUCCUUCUCCUACUUUACCUUUGUGCUCCUUCUGUCCCUUUCUGCUCCUUGCUGCCCUUUCAGCUCCUUGCUGCCCCUUUCUGUUCCAUCUACUUUACCUUUGUGUUGCUUUACCUUCCAGUUCCUUGCUGAUCCUUACUACUCCUUGCUGACCCUUCCUGCUCCUUGCUGCCCCUUCAUGUUCCUUGCUGCCCCUUCCUUCCUUGCCACUCCUUGCUUGACUGCCCCUUCAUGUUCCUUGCUGCCCCUUCCUUCCCCAUGUUGACCCCUCGUGCUCCUUGCAGACCCUUCCUGCUCCUUGCUGCCCCUUCCUACUCCUUGCUGCCCCUUCAAGCUCAUUGCUGCCCCUUGAUGUCCCUUUCUGCUCAUUUCUGCUCCGUCUCCUUUCUGCUCCUUCUCUUACUUUGCCUUCCUGCUCCUUGCUGACCCUUCCUGUAGGCUGUCUCCCCCAUCCCUCACUUACCCCAUCUGUAGGCUGCCACCCCACCCCUCACUUACCUAAUCUGUAGGCUGCCCCCAUCCCUCACUUACCUAAUCUGUAGGCUGCCCCCAUCUCUCACUUACCUUAUCUGCAAGUUGCCCCCCCCCACAUGCCUGACUUACCUGAUCUGUAGGCUGUCCCCCAUUCCUCAUUUACCUGAUCUGUAGGCUGUCCCCCAUUCCUCACUUACCUGAUCUGUAGGCUGCCCCCAUCCCUCAAUUACCUGAUCUGUAGGCUGUCUCUGCAGGCUGGGAGUUGCAGGCUGCAUGUGCUGCUCCCCUGCGGAUUCAGUCAGGAGAGAGAAGUAGGGAUAAGAUGUAGCUUCCUAUCCCUGCCUCUCUUCACACACUGCCCUGGUAUUGCAGUGUAUUAUCAAUCUCUAAAGAAAAAUACAGGACAGGCUGAAAAACCCAGCGGGUGGGGGAUGGUUGGGGAAGGAGGUGGACACACAUGGGCAUAGUGUCCAUGUGUAUUUGUUGUGUAAUCAGUAUUUGCUUUAAUUGACUAGCAAGGAGUCAGUAAAAUUUUAUGGCCUGCAAGGUUUAAGGUGCAGAACUACCAGAGGUGCAGCUGGUGUAACAGCACCAGGGCCCCAGCAGGUCAGGUUGCCUAUGGCAGUCAGGAGCCCAGCCAUGUUAUUACAGUAAUAGGCCAGCUGGCAAGGUCAGAAUCUUCCCAUCCAGCCCAGCAUCAUUUUAAUUAACUGAUAGUGCCAACCAAGAGGUUAACAGUAGAAAUAGUUGUGGGUCCCCCAGCGCUAAGAAGUGCAAUCAUAACAAACUCACAAUUGCUCUCAAGAUGCCUCUCCCUGUCAGUGCCUCACUGACCAGUUCUUCUGUCAACUCUGUGUUUGGGGAGUUUGGGGGAAUUAUCUCACAUCAUCCAAUCCUUGUCCCUCCAUACUCAAAGCUACUGACUGCCUUGUCUCAGCAAGAUCUGCUUUACAGCAGUGGUCAGCAAACCUUUUCCGCAAACAAGCCUGAUGCCAUGUCUGUAAAUGGAUGGAGGGCUGCAUUAAUCUAUAUAGCUACAAAAUAUAGAUACUAGAUUUAGUAGAUGGCUACCUAAUUUGGUACCCUGAUGUGUAAUUGCCAUAAGCAUACCUAACUAGGGAGCUAUUUACUAAACAGCUGAAUGAUCAACGUUGAGAAAAGCCCUUUUCUUCUCCCCUUUCUCUUUUCAUCCAUAUCACAUUUCCCCAUUUACUGUUCCCUUUUCACACAUAUCACCUCUCUCCAUGUGAUAUUCUGUCCAUCUCAGUCUCCUUCUCUAGCAGCAUUCCUCCUCUUCAGCAUUGCUUGCCUUCUUUUGCUGGUAAUGUGUUGACCCAUUUAAUAGUAGUGUCCUCUUCUCUCAUUCUCAUUGCCACCAUUUUAGCAUAAUUCAUCUUCUAUCAUUGUCACUGCCCACUACAUUCUUUUCUUCUAGUUUCAUAUGAGGUCCCACUUACAUUCUAGAAGGGCUUCACCCAUGCUGUCUCGUGGUGGGAGUGAGCCAUGAGAAAUAGAGCUUAUGUUAGUUCUAAACAUAGUUCCAUCGUGGCUCACUCUGUAGUGUAGACGUCUAUGACGUUGGGCUCUAAGUGGGUCCUCUGCAUUGCAUGCUAACAACAGCUCUGGCUAAAAGCGGCACUUCCAUGGCUGGUGCAGUGGUGAUGUUGGCAAGGUUUCAUGCCAGAUACAUAUUAUAUUUAUGUAUGCACUAGCAGGCCAGUAUUCUGCAGGCAUCAGGCCUGGUAAGGCCCUGAGGCUGCCAUAGGUUGCCGAUCCCUGCUCUACAGAAGAAUGUAAGGAAAGCAGGUGGAAUAGAGGGAGAUAACAUGGAUAAGAGAUGAGGGAUAAAUGGGAAAACCAAGGGUUUGAGGUGCAGGACACAGAGUGAGACACUGUAAUAUGUAACAUGUAGAAUUGAAAUAAUACAGAUAGAAUUUUCAGUAAUUAAUGAUAACUUGUAUAGAACAUGUACUCUACACUAUACAUGGCAGCAGUUUUCAUGUGCUGCCCAUUAAUAUGUGUAUGUGAUGUGUUCAAGAAAAUAUGGUUGAUCCAACAAUAAUGGUCAAUCUGAGCAACAUGUAAACAUGCCUCCCAUGUGUCCAUAUAUUGGGCCCAAAUCCCUCUGUCCCUCUUUCCUAGGAGCUACAUUUAUUGAUGUGUCUGAAUGUAUAAUCCACAGCAAAAAUACUCCCAGUAAUGUGUCUUUAAACUACACAAAUUGUGUUUAGGAAUCAUACAUUGUUCUUCUAAAUUACAUUUUAGUUGCAUGCAUUGUUAUUAAUAAGACACUUAACAUUUCUCAGUACUGUCCCACCCCAGGCCACACCCCAACCCAUACCCAUAAAAUUAAAGUGUCCCUCUUUGUUAAUUUGAAAUGUUGUGGGGUAUGCCACAAGGUGCAGUUGCCCCCGACUGGUGCGACCACGCGACAGACUGAGCUUACCUGCCCAGCGGCGAGUUGGAAGCCACUCCUCCGGGUUCUCCUGGCCGCCUGCCCAGAUUAAAGAUGGCGCCGACCAUGCGGUCGCAGCCAUAAAUAGCUUCGCCCCCCAGGGUCACACGGACGUGCAUGUGACGUCACAACGUCGACACACACGCACAUUCUCGGGUCAGAGUUCACCCUCUGACCAAUCACAGUCAAAGGAGGGAUAUUUAAAUCCCUGAAGUUCCCUGGUUCAUUGCCCUGUCGUGGUUCCUGUUCCUGGUUCUCAAGAAUCUUGCCCUGUUUUUGAUAUUCCUGGCAUUUUGACCUUGGCUAUUCCUAACUAUUCUGAUUUCUGGUUUCCCUGACCCAAAUAUGAAUAUGAAUUACAGUUCAGACCAAAACAAAACUCUAUUCUAGUCUAUUAUGAACUCGUCGGGGAAUAUUUAUCAAAGUAUGUUGAUCUAAAAGUGGUCUAAAGUACUAAAAGUGGAACAGUAAAAACUAAUGAAACCAGCAAGCACAUUCCAUUGGCGACUCCUCCCGCUGUACAUUUUGCACCAUUUUUUAGAACAGAGCCCUUUGAUAUGUGUAUUAUUUUGUAAUGCAUACAUGUGAAUCAAUAUAAUCAAUAUAUUUUUUCAGUGUAUUACCUAACUUAGCAUUGAUCUGCGUGGUUGCCAUCUUAAGUUUUAUCUGAGUAUUAGCAAGCAUUAGCGUGUGUUUGUGAAUCCUGAUAUGCCGAUGUGUUCAAAAAAUGUGCUAUCGGAAUGUUUUAGACAUGGAUCUGGCUAGUAUUAGCAAAUAAGUGGUGCUUCUGAUCAAAGCAAUGUAAAGCCAGGAGAUACAAUGAAAAAACUGUAUUUUGUAUGUAUUCAUUACAAAUUAAAACACAGUAAGUCCUUGCAUGCAAUAAUAAAAAUAUACGACAGUUUACUUUAUGCUUCCCUGCUUAAAGGGAAACUCCAGUGCCAGGAAAACAAUCCCCAGGAAAACCCCUUCAGUUACUUACCAGAGGCAGCGACAUGUCCCACGUUGCUGCUUCUUCCUCCACCGCCGCUCCUCCCAGUGAUUGCGUCAGCCGGUGGACGAGACUGAUCCCAUACACCGGCCGGGGAGACCUAAUGCGCAUGCGCGGCAAUAUCGUGCAUGAGCAUUAGAGCUCCCCAUAGCAAAGCAUUGAAAAUGCUUUUCAAUGCUUUUCUAUGGGGAAAUGAGCGACGCUGGAGGUCCUCACACAGCGUGAGGACGUCCAGCGGCUCUCUAACACAGGUUUUCUGUGUUGUGGAGAAGGAAGUGCCCUCUAGUGGCUGUCUAUGAGACAGCCACUAGAGGUGGAGUUAACUCUGCAAUGUAAUUAUAAAAAACUGCAAUAAUUACACUUGCAGGGUAAAGAGUAGUGGAAGAUGGCACCCAGACCACUCCAAUGGGCAGAAGUGGUCUGGGUGCCAGGAGUGUCCCUUUAAUGCAAAUUUUACCAAACUGAUAAUGAUAAAAGUGACAUUGAAAAGUAUUGGAAAUGUAAGGUUGUGAUUGCGUCAACCUCAUUAAUAUUUCAUCUGCAGCCAUUAAUAUGUCAAUAAAUAUCAAAUGAUAGAUUGUAAUGUACUCUACUAAUGAUAGAUUGUAAUGUACUCUACUGUAUCAAUGUCUCAUACUGGUUAACUUUAACAUCACAUUAGAUUAUGUGCUGUAAACUUUUUUUUUAUUUUUAAAAAGCUUGGUAAUCCAAGGAUACAUUGUUGUCCAGAAGGAUCUGUUCCCCUUUUUCAUAUUGGGGUUUUCACCAAUAGGAAACCUUGCGUUAAUAAACAUAUCUGCUACCUAAUUACCUACCUGACUGCCUAUCUGUUGAAUACAAGUAGAUGUAAAUACAGUAGAUGUGAAUACAUUUCUUCAUCUACUGAUUUACAUUUUAUCUUCACUAAAUCUUAUUUAUUUUUUUUGUUAGCGCCGUAAUUUACCAAAUAAUCUAAAUCUACCGAAAAUGGAAUAGGACAGAAUCGUAAUAUGUCUUCAAGUGUCCCUCUCAUGGUCCCAACAUGAGUGAUUAUUUGCUUUAUUUACCUGUCAAUUACAGCAUGCAAAGCAGAACACAUCUGCUUUUAGCAUACAUACCUCCUAACGUUGCAAGGUGCAGACUCGGGAUAGGUGGGUAGAGCUUCUGUCACUAUUGAAACCCAUAAUGGACAGGACCACCUGGAAAUGAGCAUGCCCAUCCACUGAAGGGCCAUGUAAGUCUGCUAUCCAGAAUACUAGGCUGAUAGACAUCCUCCCGGCCAGCCUUCAGAAUAGAGGACAAUGCACAGGGCAUGGCUAAAGCAUUCUCUGCGUGGGUCCUAGUGCUGGCUGCAAAGGAAGAGUUAAUCUAAUGAUGUGCUGCCCAGACCAUAUCCCGGGACAUCAGGGAUUUAAGGCCUUUAUGUAAUAUUUUUGGGUAAGCUUUUUAAAUUAUUUUAUAUUUUUGGAUUUGGAUUUAAAUAUUUUUUUUUUCAGAAUAUUAAAAUAUCAAAACGAUAUCAUAUAUUAUAUACAUAAAAAUAUUCAAAUACUUACAACAAUGUCAAAAUAUUAAAUUUUUUUAACAUUUUAUUUAAAUAUAUUAAGUCAUUUAAAAAUGAAAUCCCAAACUAUUAAAUUGAGGCCUAAAUCUGGAUUGUUGAGACAGGCCACUGAAACUGGAACUGUCAUUCCAAAAAAGGACAUUUGGGAGCCAUGUGUGUGUGACGUGUCAUGCUCGCUUUGUGGAGGUCCCAAUGAUAUACAAUGAUAUACAAUUUUAUUCUUUUUCCUUUAAAGUGGGAGCAUCAUCAAAAUAAUUUACCAGGAAAUAAAUAAUAAUAUACAGUGUACAUAACAAAAUUAUAAACGCAACACUUAUAAACACAACUCAAAGAUCUAAGACUUUUCCCAUGUACACAAAAGGCCUAUUUCUCUCAAAUAAUCAUAAUUGCAAUAAUCAUGCUGUCUGAUCAGCAUCUUGAUAUGCCACACCUGUGAGGUGGAUGGAUUAUCUUGGCAAAGGAGAAGUGCUCACUAACACAGAUUUAGACAGAUUUGAGAACAAUAUUUGAGAGAAAUGUGUACAGUGUGUAUUGUGUACAUAGAAAAAGUCUUAGAUCUUCAAAUUCAGCUCAUGGAAAAUGGGGGCAGUGUAAAACAUCUGGAGUUGGUUGGAAGCUCCACCAUAUGUAAGUUGAAAUUAACAUAGGUCUGCUGUGUCCUCCAUAUACCAUAAACAUACUACACUAUUGGUUUUCAUCAUUGACUGAAGUCCAUAUCUCUGAAGCACCAUGUGGUCAUAAAACCAAGCAAACAACUAGGUGAUUUCCAAACAUGUUCAGAUGCUUCGGGAUUAGGGGUCCCUGACCGUGAUGGCUAAAAAGGGGACGGAAUAAGGAAGCUGAUUUUUUUUAACCCCUUAAGGACCAAACUUCUGGAAUAAAAGGGAAUCAUGACAUGUCACACAUGUCAUGCGUCCUUAAGGGGUUAAGGGAAAGUCAACAAGCAGCUUUGUUUGCCUUGAUGGACAAAAGACCAAUAAUGUUGGAUGCAUCUCCUGUCCAAUCAAGCGUUGAAGGAAAAUAGAUGAUUGAUAGUUAGGGAACAGCCACUGAAUGUUGUUUUUAUUCACAAAUCAAGUGACAAGUGACCAAUAGAAAGAAAAGGAGGAGCAGUGAAAUAUAUAUACAUAUAUAUUUAGAUCAAGCACUUUGACUGCAGCUAUUGAGGGAGACAGACCAACAUACAGAGUAUGUCUGGUUUUACCUGUAUGGGUGUGGGAGAUAGUCUUUGUCAUAGUGUGAAAUAGGGUAGGCUCAGUUUUCUGCUGUGACAGUCUAGCUUCUGCCAGUUCCAAUAACACCAACUUUUAGCGGGAGAUAGACAGCCUGGGUUAUUGUUCCUAGUGACUGGUCAGGAAUGUGCACUUGAGUCACAUGACUCGGACUUGACUUGGACUCAAGUCACAAAUCUGAUGACUUGCGACUUGACUGAACAUAAUCAAAGAAGACUUGUGACUUGACUUGGAUUUUGACAGCAAUGACUAGGGACUUGACCUGGACUUGAACCCUAUGACUUAGAAAGUCUUUACAUCUUCUAAACCAAAGGUCAGAGUUGUGAUCAAUCAAGGUUGGACCCUGGAGAAUGACAAACAAAACAAAAUAUUUCAAAUACCUAACGCGUUUCUUUUUUUAAUUACACCUUAAGAUAUUUAUUUUUGGUCAAACAAUAAAACAUAACAAAAUGGCAUGUCGGUAAUUAACAAAUUGAGUGAUUAUCAGAUGAUACAAACACCUCUUUUAGCAAGUUUUUUUUAUUUUUUUUAUUGUUAACCACCAGCUCAUUUUACUACAGCUAGUUGAAGCAUGAUACAGUUUGUGUUUUAUGGUCAAAGCAAGGGAUUAGUGAAACCAGUGGACUUGUUACUGCUCCCAGUACCAGAAGACUUGUUAUCCCCUAGUUUUUGUAGCCUCACCAAGCAGCAACUAAAAAAAGGUUUAGCAGAGUCUAGUUCCUCCAUGCUAGCAAUGCUAUGUAAAACUUAACUUUCUGUUCGAUUAAUUAAUACCAUACUAUUCAUCAACAUCUAUAUAAUGAAAAGGUGUGCGUUCAUUGCAAUCACUAACCGGUGAAAAUGUGUCAGAAGCUAUACCAAAAUCAGGCUUGUUCAGCAAAUUAGAACCAAAAUCUAACUCACUUUAUUAUUACAUAUUAUCAUCAUUACAUAGUUUAUAAGUAAUAGAAGCAUUGUAGCAAUUGUCAUAGAGGGUAAGGUGGAUAUUGUCAGUGAAGUUGCUGAGAAGAUAACAGAGAAAUGAAAACUCCUUCCCAAGAAAAAUUAAUGAGCCUCUCCCUCACCUUCGAGGGCAUCGCAACUAAUUUGCAGUAUUCAGCAAGUCUAACUUUAGCUACUAAUCCCUGAAAAAAUAUAAUGCAAAAAUUGUGUAGAAUAAAGGUUAAAAUGGCAAAUUAGAAUAAAAUAAAAUAAGGUCACCAAUAAGUAUAAAGUAGCUGAGCCAGUUCAGAACCAAGCCCUGACGAACAACUGGCGAAAUGAUCGUCUGGGCUCGGUUCUGCUGCAAUGUUUUGUGUUUAUUGUAUGGAAUCUUUGUAAGCCCUUUAUUGUUCAGUAGGGGGGGGUGAUGUGUUUGUGCGGGGUCUGUUCAUUAAAGGACCACUAUAGUGCCAGGAAAACAUACUCGUUUUCCUGGCACUAUAGUGCCCUGAGGGUGCACCCACGUAGGAACCCAAGAAAUAUGGGCAGACUAAGAAAAUAGGAUGCUUCCUGUAUCGAGAAAGCAUGUAUCCAAACUUGCUGUUUACGACAGGCUAAAAUACACUGUAAUUGUUAUUGUGAUGUUGUAAGGAGCAAAUGCCUGUGGAAUAGUAAAAUAUUUUUUUUGUUUACGUAUACCCUACCUGAAAUUAAUUGUUUUAAAAAAAAUAAAAAAUAAAAAGUUUAGAUAUGUUUUUAGGAUUUUAAAAAAAGGUAGACUUUGUAUUUCUAACAGCCUAUUUAAGCAACCUGACCUCACCUUUAAAAAAGAUAUAAAUACGCUUUUCACAUCCCAGAAAAGUAAAUAAAUAAAAAAUAAAGUUCUGUAUUUAUCCAAAAAAGUUAAGAAAUUACCAAAUAAAAAGUAUACUAUAUUUUUCAGUUGUUCUUCUGAAUACAUUUUUCACCCUGUAUUAAAAUUCUAAUGUUGUAUAACUAUGUGGAAGAGAUAACCAAUGCUUUGCAAUGUUUUGUGUUUACGUUUUAACAGAUACGUGUAUUAAACCACACUGAGCCUGUUAUGAAUCUCAGAUCUUGUACUGUUGCAUUAAAAACCACCCAGGCAAUCUUUUUGCCUUACUAUCCCUCUAAAUGUUUAGGUUUAAGUUCCAGUAUUUUAACAGCUACAACAAACAUAUGCUUUACAAUUAAUUAGGCUGGGGGGGAGGUGGGGAGGGUUGUUUGUAAGUUGUGGUAAACUAAAAAAUUGCAUCUUGCUUUUUAAUGUACAUUAUGCAAAAGUAUCACAACCCAAUUUGGAUGAGAAGCUUGCUGGAGAUUUUAUAGCUGUUGGACUGGUGUGCUGAGAGCUAAGUGUGAGUGAUGGGAGUUACAUAUACCACCAGCUGUCAUACACACGCCCUCAUUACUGGCAUAAUUUACACACAACUCCCAUCACACAAACACACAGGCAGCCACCUCCCGAUCACACAUAUAACUCCAAUCAUACAUGCAGUCACAUAUCCACACACAACACCCAUCAUACAUAGUCCCCACAUUAACACACUGUCACAGAACGUUCGGAUCCUCACCAAGAUACAAGGCAACAAGCCUAACAAAGGUAAAGUAAAGAAAGAUAGUUAGGCAUAUUACCUGAGACACAAAGCAGGAUCUGUUAAAUAAUAGAACUAUGGCUAUGAAUAUGUCAGACCAGGAGGAGAACAAGGAAAUUAAGCGUAAUAGUAAAUAUUGAAUAAACACUUGUAUAGGGUCACUGGAACUUGAGGUUAGGAACUAUCCAUGUCUAGUAUACAUAUGAAAGCAGGCGUAUAACAAAGACAAACACAACCAGGUUCUGGUACACUAUCCAGGAAUAGUAUUCUCAUGGUCAACUUGGCCGGUCAUCUGGUACACUGUCAAGAAAUAGGAUUCUCGUGGUCAACUUGGCCGGUCAUCUGGCCCACUGUCAAGGAAUAGGAUUCUCGUGGUCAACUUGGCCGGUUUGGGAACACAGUGUAAUUCUAGAUAAAAGCAAGGUCAAUAGCUAAGCAAGGUCAAAUACCAAAAUUCCAAAACAAGGAAAAUAAUAACGGCUUGGUGGCUCUGAGAGUCAGAGAGUCAUUAGAUUAGAUUUGCUUGGCCACUUCAAUUGGCAAAUUCGGUCAGUGACCCAUGCACCAUUGUAAUGAGGUAUUUAACAAAACUAAACUCUGAAAAACACCUUCUUUAUAGUCUUCCAAAUGUUAAAGAAAACGCCACUGAAUGUAGGACUACUGCAGAACAAAAUGUAUUAUUAAGUUGUCUUAGCGCUGAUAAAUAUGAUAUGCCUGUUUCAGCCAUUAAGAAACCACAAAAAUAGCAUGGAACCCAAUUGUGGUUCCCGACUCCAGGAUAAGAACCACUGCGCUAUAAAAAUAUAUGCAUGGUUAGUACAAAUCAUUCAUUAACAAGACAGAUGGAAAGGCCAAGAACUCAUAAAUUGAGAUUUUAAAGAAAAAGAGAUUUCACGUGCAACAGAGUAUGCUGCUCUUUAAAAUACGGACAGUAAAUAUGUGGAUUUCUUUGCUUAGAGAGGUUAUUUUAUGAUAUAGAAAUUAUAUGGAGAUUAUUAAAAGGGACUUGGUGUUUUUUUGGUUUUUUUGAAAACAGACAUUUCAAGGAUAUAUUAGUUAAUAUGUAUAGUAACAGCUUGUUGUUUCAGGGAAAAAUCUGAUUAAAUUUGUCAUUAUGUAGUCAAGAAGGAUUUUCCCUUUUGGUGGCACAAUGGAACAUUAGAUAUUUCUUCUUGUUUUAAAUAAUCAGCAGACACAGAUGUGCAGAAGGUUGAGAUUGAAUGGUCUUGAAUCGUUGUACAAUUACACUCCCAUCAAAGGAGAUAAUGCAAGUGGAGGGUUAGGAAGAAGAAAUGCUGAUGAUGUCAUUGGGGAAACCUGGGGAUUUAUAGUGAGUCAAGUCUCAUGGAGAGAUGAAAGCAGGAAUAGAAAAAGGUGGCAAUAAGCCCAGUACAGUAUAUGCCAUUUCAAGAACCUGGCUUGGCUGGGCAGAGGUGGAAUGCAUGGAGCAAUAAGAGACCACAGAGGGCCACAGAUAAUGGUGGAUAGUCAUUAGCAGAGCCCCAGAAUGCUACUCCAUAUUCCCAUCACUGCUGGAUAGAAAAUAAAAAUGUGAGUUGUCCUGCUUGUCCUUUCCAUAACAUGGGCAGGCAGAUACUAGAGAGUUAGGGGUUCGACACCAUCUUAUAUUAGCUCUACGUGAAGUUAGAGGUGGGAUUUGUAAUAAGGUGCGACAUAAGGAUGGGGUAAACUAAAAAUGCCCUAAGCAGAAUGUUCAAAAAGUGAUGCAAUAAACAUGGGAACAAAAAGAUUUUGUUCUGUUUGGACCAGUUUUAGAACUUUUAUGUUGUGUGUUUUAUGUAUAAAUCUCCAUUGUUUGAAAACAUCAGUAUAAUAUUACCAUGGUGGUAAUUAAGAAAAUUCUCUAAUAGUUUUGAAACAACUAUCACAGUGCCUUCUUUUCAACUUUUUAUCCCACCUCUGUCACUAUUAGCAUUUCACCAUUCAUCUCCUGAUUUCUCUUCUUCUCCUCUAGGUGCAUUUCUCUUUUGCUGGACACCGUUUUUUGUGGUCCACAUCACACGAGCAGUGUGCGAGUCAUGUAGCAUUCCUGAACCGCUCAUCAGCAUUGUCACAUGGUUGGGAUAUGUUAAUAGCGCUCUGAACCCAGUAAUCUACACCAUCUUCAACACUGAGUUUAGGAACUACUUUCGCAAGGUUCUUAGGCUUUGCUGCUGAAACGUCUGGACCUUAAGGAACAAUAGCUUGAGGAGUAAGGCCAAGUCAACAUGCUGCUCUUUGGGAACUUCAGAGGAGACUGUUACAGAAUGAUGCUACCACCAUGAACAUGUCUUGAGUUGGUUUUCCAGGCUAAAUUAUGGUUAUUGCAAGCUUCUGGAAUCUCUAUGGCUUGGGAUCUCCUCAGAAUACUGCAGAAAAUUGAACCAUACAACUACUUUAUACAAAGUACAAAAUGAGUGAUUUUAUAUAGUUCAAUAAAUGCAUUGUUUGAUAUACAGAUGUUUGGUUCGCCAUUGACUUAUGUGUAUGUCUGGUUUGAGAUAGAAACUCAUAUGAUACUGCAUGUGACCCUAGACAGAGAUGGUAAGUCAUCAUUUUGGUUUUAAAUGACUAGAAAUUUCUGGACUACAACGUG